UAAGCCUAACAAAUGCUCGCGGCACCAACGUCCCCAACGUAUCGGCAACUUCUGUAUUCUCCGUGUCGAUCAGUAGUAGUGGGGCGUUGACUGCCCAAAAUACAGUCUCAUGGUAUUACAUGUAAUAGCAAAUUAAACGGCUGUUAUGAAGAAUUUUGUUCCUAGGGGCCAUCAGUUUUAAAUCUGGUGAGGUUUCGAACUUUCCGUAUUUGUUGAAGCAUGUUGCCUUCAGCGAAUAACAUGUUAUUUUGAAAGCAUGGACAUGGCAAUACUGCUAUGGAAACGAUCGUCUCGAGGAGUCUGCUGAGUGAUGUUUAGUGCUGCUGCAACGUUACCUCACUCGUACUAAUGGCAAACCUAAGGCGACACUUCAAUUUCGGUUCUCACAAGAGUGGAUCCGUCAACACAUUUGGGCUGUCACAUGGCAGUCAGUCAAACUCUGAAGGCAUCGCAUUUCCCGACCAUGCAUUUAGCAGGUCGGCAUUUAUGAAUGAAGUCUGCAGCUUCCUCGACCACUGUUCGGCGUAUAUACAGGCACUGAACUCAUUUUGUAGCUCCAGCAGUGUCUUGGCCAAGAGCCUGGUGCGGGUCUUUCACAAUGUUCCUGUUUACCGAGAAGUUGCUGCCCUCUUUCUUGGUGCCUGGGAAGACUUGGGACGAGUGACAGCAGCUGCCAGUGCGGCAGUGAAGACAGAGACUCUGAUGACACUUCAGGAUGUCCUGAACAAACUGGAGGGAGAAUCUCCUGGGGAUGAAUCGGCUGCACUUACAGAGAGCAUUCAGGCUGUGGGUUCAUGCCUUGGAUCCUACCUAGAGCUACAAGUGCAGUUUUCCUACUCUGCUUGGAAGGCCUUGAGCAAGAUUUCCAAAAGUUUUCCUCAAGACAGAAACUCCAGCAAGUCGGCAGCUGCAAAGUCAUCAGCAGAGCUUGCAACUACCAUUAAAAAACACUUUGCCAGCCUGCUGCAUAAGUUAGGACCAAGCACAAAGCAGGGUUCCCUUGCCACUGGAGUUGGAGACAGCCAGCAGAGCCAGUUCUAUGUUGAAGGCACAGUGCCUGCCUCUAGCAGCCUGACAUCUGCGCCUGAAGGGCCUGCUCAGCCUGGCACCAAAGCGCUUGGUUGGACACACACUUCUGAAGAACUGAUAGGGUCCACAGGCACCACUCAGCCUCCCGUGCAACCAGGACAACAAGAGAGUGGGCUUCUUGGGGUGCUUGACACGGGGGGCGACUUGGAGGACGUGAUAAACCUGCUGUCUGCUGCACCACACUCCAGCCCAGCAACAGCUUGUCCUAAAGGCUUUCUGCGCGAAGCUGCCCUUGCUGUGUGGCCCCCACCUGCAGCCAGUGCCCUGGGUAGCUGCAGUGGCAAGCGCACUUGGCCACGACCCACAAGUGGGGCUCAGCAGGGUCUUAGUGCUUUUGGAGUGGACCCUUUUAUGUGGAGCAGCUUGGGGCAGUUUGAUCAACGGGCACUCUGCUCCGGCUUGCCAUCUAGUCAGAGUGACUGCAUGUCUGGUGGCUUCUGGUCAUCUGGUGAAAGGCAAGGGUGGAGCAGUUUAGUAAGUGGAGAAAAUGGAAGUUCCAGUGAUGAGUCAUCCUCAAAUAAUGGCCAGGAUUCGGAUACAUUCUUAAUGGGGCUCAAUUUGGCAGGAAGUGACCUUGUGGCAUCUGUUCGACAGAGGAGACACAGCAGUAGCGACGGCCCCCCUGAAGGCUUGCACAAUGCGCUUGACAGUUUAUCAAACACAGAUGGUGGACUGCUGGAUACAAGAGCUGUGAAGACCUCCACUUGGCCUCUAAAGCAGUCCAGCUCUUUUCCUGUCAACUUACCCCUCUCGCAUUCUGUGGGUGAUGCCACCAAUGAUGGAGGUUGCCUUGAUGAUGCUGCUGGGGCUGGUUUCUCAGGCAGUGUCAACUCUUAUUUUCUGUUUGGGCACGGCUCGUGACAAUGUCGCUUGCAUCUCACAUUCUAGUGAGUGUACUCAGCUUUCUCUUCGCAAAGCUGUGUAACAUUUUUGAUGGAGUGGGGCCAGUAACAGGGAUUCAUGUUCUGCCGCUGCUUGGCUAACAAGUGUUCUGCACUAUUGUGUGAACGAACUGUAUUGAGCACAAGUGCAAAUCAUCUCUGGACAUACAUUUGGCUUUUCAGGAACUACUGUGCUGUGCAGGCAUGGCACUUGGUAUGUGUGCUUCUGGAAUGUUUCACUCAUGACACAUGCUGCCUGCAGCACCAAGAACAUAAGCAUAGCCAUGAUUUUAUACUGGAUAUUUUUGUUGUUCAUUUAUGCUUAGGAUGCGAAACAUUGUGUUUUCAAAUUAUCAAGGGCAUUGCAAGUUUACUGUCAUGCCGACCAUCCAAGAGAGCUUCCAGGCUGUCACCAACAUGGUAAAUUGCCUUCCAAUUACAACGAAGUUUUUUGCUUUUUAACAUUAUUUUGCUUAGAAAUCUGCACAGCAUUUUAUUAAAGCUGUAAGACCUUUGUCUGGUUUUAUAUUUUGUGAAAAGACACAACCCAUAAGGGCAAGUUUUUAAGCUAGUCAUUCAGGAUUUCUAGUUCAUUUGUAUGUAAAGUAAGCGUACUGUAAUAUUCUAAUCUGGCAACAUACCAUCUCUGCUCAAAUUUAGAUUACAACUAUAGACCUCCUUAUAUACUUAUGUUAGAAAGGCACAACAGAGCUUAGGUUAGUUUAGUGGCAAGCACAAUCUGCGCUCACAAUCUGCCGCUCUUUGAAUGCAGCAUUUUGUUGAGAAAUAGCAUGCGAGUUUGCAAUGUAACAGUAGUAAGAAUGCAUAAAAAGGAAUGAAUAUGCAAGUGUGACACUUUGAUUGGUGACUGCUGACACGAAGUGCUGUGAAAAAUGGGCCACCUUGGCCAUAAUAAAAUGCCAAGAGGGUGAGCCUCAUGCUCAUCUGAAUGAGGAUUUGUGCAAGCAUGCAUGUUUUUUACUACCUUGUUUAGCAUGAUGCAUAUUAAAGGGGCCAUGACACGGUCGUCCAACUGUUCUCAGUUUAUCAUUAUAACUGAGAGUAGAGGGGCCAAUAUGGUUACAGUAGAACCUCGUUGAUGCAAUCACAUUUCCUACAAUUUCCCGAUGGCAACAUUCGCGCUCGAGAAAAUAAUAAAUCAGCCAAUACAGUUAGACUUUUUUACUGGCAAUACAUUCCUGAAAAACACAAUCUUUAAGCACCAACGUUCAGUACGUCGCCAAACUGCGGUCGUAGGAUAAGUUUUCCAUCCACUAGAUCCCAUGUGAACGAGAGGCGCUUCCCAACAAUACUCGCCUGCCCGUGUCUCGUGGAAAUGCUGGCGCACACUCAGUUUCCUUUUCCGGUACCAGCAAAUCUCACGGAUUGUCACACUUCGGAUUCACAGCUGUCACCGCCAACCCUAUUGCGAUAAGCAUCUUCACCUAUCUGUUUCACUGCACGUAUGGCGUAGUCCAUUAGAAGUGUACUACACGAUUGUAAAAGGACACUAAAUGGAAAUAUUAGGUCAACAUGGACGGUUAAAAUGUCAUUCCAGAAACCUUGCAGCACUUGUUUUAUGCCAAGAAAUGACUUAGUUUAGGAGAAAAUCGCAUCUGAAGGGUCGGUGUACCUGUAGCUCGCCCUCGAGCGGAGAGUGGUGCUGUUGCAUACUCGUGCAUAUAUACCAUCACCGCCCUUUACUGCUGUCAGUGGCGCCUGACGGACGGGUGCCACAAACAGCACCCGACAGAUGGUGCUACAUUUUUUUGCGCAGAACGCAAGCACGCGACCAUAGAGAAAACGAGUCGGAACAGACCAUUUAAUUCGCCACUGCAGCUGCUCUUGGUCAAGUGGCGUAGACCGUUCUGGCAUGCGGUGAAAUCAUGUGGACAUGGAAUUCUCUGCUACUUGCAGUUUGUGCGUGUUUCGUCAGCCAGCAAUACCAGCGCAGCACUACGCAAUAAUAAAACUACUGAAAUACCAAAGCGCAAGUGGUCAAGGUCGAGCAAAAACAAAACCUUUCAACCGCUCGUGUCAUCGUCGAGGGUAAUGUCAAUGAGUUCUUUUUUGUAAAACUCAAAUAGAAAGGGAAAAGUAGCAUUUUCUUCCAUCUUAUAAUUCAAUGCAAUGAUCUUUUUAUUACGAGUGGUUGAGUCGUAGCGACAGAAUUAUAAUGAGGAGUGCCUACAUCAUUGGUCUAGUGCUUGAAUGUCCCGGGUGAGUGUCAAAUCGUGUUCUGCAUCUACUUCAAUUUCUCGAUUACUAAAACUUUGUUUACAAUAAUAUUGUCGCCUUAGAUGUUCUCGAGCAAUAAUCUAUCACUUUAGCUUGACUUAAUGUUUCCCUUUAGUGUCCCUUUAAUAAGGAAAAAACCAAAUGAACCACUGUUCCCUAUUUCAGGCAGCGCAAAGUGAGCGUUGUGUUCUGCUCUGGCGGCAUUACAUUUUGUUGUCGCCCACCAGUUCGAUUCUGUUUCGGCUACCCUUUGCCAUCUUAAAUCAUUUUGCUAUGCAAUGGGAAAACAGCAAAGCACGUCUCGAGCCGCUCGGGCCCUACCAGUUUAUCGCGUGUCAGCAUCUCGUAUUGCAACGAUUAUCUUCGAGUGGGAAUGUGGGAAAUGCCCCACACGAAAAUUUGAGGAGCACAGAUGUAAACUUGCCGAAGCCGCAAGAACGACAGCAUGUGUCUUGGGCCACUUGGGGCCCACGAGUUCGGCGUGCGCUCGCAUCUUGUACUGCAACGAUUCACGCAAUGCUUCGCAUUAACUAGAUGUCAACUACAGUUGAGUCUGCCAGAUUUUUUAGUGACUUCGGGUCAUACAUUUUUUCAGUUAGUAUGUCUUUCUGCCCUUUUUUUUUCUUUUAAAAUUUUAAAAUCUGAUAUUCAAUUUGAAAUUGCUGACACUAAGCCACCGCUCUCACCGACAGCUACCACCAUUACAUCUGGAAGUGCAGGGCCACUGCUGUGUUCUCUGCUUCAGAACAGUCCCUAAACCACAUCGGACAUCUUGCUCUACACAUUGUGGCACCCGACGGCGCAGCAAGGCCAUUGCCUUUGAAUUCUGCCUGCAAUUAUUUUACACGUGCGAUAAAAGCAGCAUGAAAUAGUGAGCACCUGCAGAAACUUUCUCAGGCUGACCACUGAGAUGCCCAUGGGAAAACGAAAUGACACAUGGCAACCAUGACGUAUUAUUUCAUGUUCCUGCAGUUAGGUACUUCUGGCUCUUGCAGUACACAAAAGCAUGACUUUCAAGGUUGGCUUUUGUUACUUCGAGGAAGCUGUUACUGGUGGUGCGAGUACAUUUCGUUACCAGUUUGUAUUGCCAUACUGCUGUAAAGUUCAGCUGCAAUAUUAAAAAAAAAAAUUCAAAUACAGGUUUUCUACCACACCAAAUGUGCUCAAAUUUUGCCAGCUUACUGUGGGACAUCUGUUGUUUUAACAUGCAAUGCAUGAUUCAAGCUGGAAAAUUUGUCAUGGCCUCUUUAAGCUUGACAUAUUUUAAGAAAGCCUUUGGUGUGAAAAGGCACCACCUCGGGAAUCUUUUUGCACAAGAAGUUUUCAUAUUUUGUACCAGUAGAGUUAUGAAGGUCCAAAAAUUUCCCUUCACUUCCCCCAAGGCUUUCCUUCUUUUUUAAUUUUUCUAGCACGCUGCAAGCUCUCCAUGCUUCACCCAUUGACAAGUUGUCAUGAUGUACUUUUAAUAACUUUAAGUGUUUGUAGGAUUGCUAGUGCAUUAAGUUCAUUUUCUCCACUGGAGUGCUCAUUUGUGGCACCUCAAGGAAUCCAGCGAAUAGCCAUUGAUUACUGACUUGCACAUACCUGGGAAAAAAGGAAUGAAGGAGCUUUCAAAAUACCCACAGGAAAGGCUUGGCACAAGCUGGUGGGUUUUUGGUUGUUAACUAGAUAUUGGUCACGAACACGAUCGGCGGUAGAACUGCGAGCACUCUCUAUGGUGCUUAAUGUGCAUAGUACAGUCCACUCAGUUACUGUUGAUUAUUGUGUUCAUUAACUUUUAAAGUUGGGUAGUUUGGGGCCAACAAAUGCUCCGUUUUUUAUCUGUAUGGUAAAUGUGCUGCAUCUACACAUCUGCAAACAAGCAAUCUUUCUGGUGAAAUUGUAGGUUGUUUGUUUCACUUACAGUUGCACUUACAGUUGUAAUGUUUAUCUUGGGUGUUCAUGACAGUAUGAUAUGGUGACUGGACAGGGCUAUUUACUAUGGUCAGAAGUGUUGCUGGGCCUGUGCUGUGUAUGGCUUAUGUGAGAACUUGCAUUUUUAUUCCAGAUAACUUUAAAAAGACACUAAAGUGAAACACAACAUCAGUUAUACUAAUGAAGUAGUUUUUGAAAAGUCUAUUUUCAUUAAUUUCACAGUAAUAUGUUGAUUAUUAAACGAAAAAAUGAAGGUCAAACUAAAAUUUUUAAAAUUUUGCACCAAUACCUCAGUACUUUACGCUAUGGUAACGUCACGGACUUGAAUGUAUUUUUAUUUAUUCUUUAUUUUCAUUUUUGGGCCAUGUGGGUUCGGUAAUAGUUCCCGAAACUUCCCAUAUUCUAACUUUGGCUCCUUUGAAACACAAUGUAAUCCAUUUUUAGCAAUUAACAUUUAACUAGGCUCUAGCUGAUGCUGUCAAAAUCCAUAAUGUUAUGGCGAGCUGCUGCGGGAUUUCAAGGUCGGACUUCAAGGUGGUGGUUCCAUCAGUCUUUCCUUUUUGUGCCUUUUCUGGCUUACCAAGCCUCCUCUCGCAGUAAGAGUGGCACUUUUGGUAUUGUAGAGGGGUAAUUACUAAUACAGGUGAAAUCAUUUUACUCAUUAGUGUAGGCAUUUUCAUGGUCAUCAUCAGGUAGAAAGCUUACAUACCUUUUGUUAAAGAAGAAAACAGAAAUAAUAAAUAAUUGGCUUAGCUGCUUGCACCAAUUGCAGUCAUAUAAACUCAUUUUGUUGUAACAGGAAUUUGUCGACAUGUACGAAGUCUCUCCUCAAGACAUAGCUGUUCCAUGCAACCCUGCUGUGCAGGCAAAAAUGUGUGAUACAGUUAAACAUCGAUAUAACGAAGUCGGUACAAUCGGCAGUUCGCUUCGUUAUAUCGAAAUUUCGUUGUAUAAAAUUCGACCUUUUAUGCUAAUAAGUGCAGUCCCUGAUCAAUCUUUCUUGCACGGAAAGUGGCCGCAGAAUUUUUCAAAUUAUCGGUCAAUCGAAAACAGCAAAUUUGAAAGAGAAAACAAUUCAUUUUGAUAAAUCUGAGAGUCAGCGACGAAUGAUACGGUUUCAUGCCACGUCGACAAUAUGUUCACGUCGGUGGUACGAAUUAAGGGCAGCUAGCCACACUUUCGCGUGCACUUUGCCCCGCGGCUGACAGCGUCGCCCGCACUGGGACGACGCUGUUAUGAAAAGCGCUGGCAGCAGGGCGCGAAUGCGUCAUCUGCCUCUCGCUCCAACGGUUUACCAAAACUCGAGAUUACUUAACUUCCUGUACCAAACGCGCGGGAAGACAGCUUGCAUGAUGCCACGCCGUGUCGGCACACCCACUCGUUGCACAUGUGGCAGAUUGCAUCUAAAGCAGGGUGCACAGCUGUGUAUGGUCUCAGCCGCGCUUACGACUAUGUGCAACCACAACCGAGACGCACGCGCUUAAUCGCAUCACCGUGAGCUCGCUCCCCUCCCACUCUUUCCCUUUGCUCACGCGAGAAGGCCGCACUCGUGAAGCCACUGUCUUUCUUGUCUCACCCUCGCACGCUUUCACUCGCACCCAAAGCACACAGUGCGCGGGACGCGAUAGGAUCUUGUCGCCCUUGGACUUUAUACGGAACAUGAUGCGGCUCCAUUUUGGCGGUCGCUCUAUUCGCGCGGCGCGCGAUUUGAGAGGUGCGUUUGUAAACAGCCGCUUGUAAUUCAUUAAUUUGACCAUCUGCGCCCACGGAAGUUUCCAUUUAUUUUCUUGGCAUUCCUUUGCAGGGGCAGUGAAAUUUUGUUAUAUUGAAAUCAUGUACAAACACACUUCGUUAUAUUGAGGUUCUCAAUGCAAGGUGUUCUAUGGACAAGAGGUUAUGAAAAGUUAACUACUUCAUUAUAUCAAGAAUUUCGUUAUAUUAAAGUUAGUUAUAUCGAGGUUUAACUGUAUUGGAUAGCUGUCAAAAGCACUAAUGCGGCUGAGCACGUCAUCAUUGCUGCAUUGUUUCCAAUCUUUAGGCAUAGAUUUCAGUACCAUGUGUAGGAGGCACAAACUGCUCGAGGGUCUAAUGAUAGAUUUCAUGUGGGCUGAAAUUGGUUAUGCAUUAUUUGCAUUAGCUCUGAUAGACAGUACAGCAUAGGGAAAACAUUCUUUAACCAAUCAACGUCUCUUUGUACUAGUACUAUAUCUUCAGGACACUACAUCUAUUGUCUGUGUAAUGAAGGACCUGAUUCUUGAUUACUUUCAUGUAAUGUCAUGUCAAGUCAAGGUGGGAAUCUGGUAUUAGUGGCAAGAAGUUUGAAUGGUGCCCUCUUGCGAUUGACGUCACUCGAACGCCGAUUUCUCAGCUGAGGAACGCUGCUUUCUCUCCUGCUGGCCACUCGUUCCAUGCUUCCUGAAAGAUGUUUCGGCUACUUACUGAUGUCAUGUUAAAGUGCAGUUUUAUUUUCGAAAUCACGUGACGUGAAAAAAUUUGUGGCUUAGAUAUUGCAAGUUAGGUGGAGUUGGAUGGGUUUACUGCUCUUGCAAUGCAGAAGCUACCUGUGUCUGUCAAAAAAUUUUGGUGAAAAAUAAUGCCUGUAAAUUCAGCAUGUAACAUUUUUUAUGUUGUUUUGCUCAAAAUAUUCUCUUUAUUACUUAGUCAUUGCAGACAUUGUAUUUGAUACAGAACAGCAACCUUACUAUUUGUAGUUAACAUUAUAAAUGUGUAUAUGAGAUGGAUACUGCCCGCAAAGCUUUCACCCAGCUUCUAUUUCUCCUGUGGGUUUCCCUUGUGAAAUAAAGGCACUGCAUUAAUGCGUAAAAGCUCGGCAGGCACCUCCGGCAAAUGAAUUUGCUGCUACUGUCUCUGUUCUCCAGAACAGGCACUUGGAAAUAGUACUCCUGUGGCUGCUUACGGCUUUGAAUGCGGCUACUUGUCAUGUGCUUAUGAAUCCGUAAGCAGCACUCGCCUCUAAGAAAAGUUUCGUAGUAAAGGUUGAGAGCCAAGCCAUUAAAAGAGAUAGAAUGUUUAAUAGUGAUCUGCAGCAUCAUUCAAUCAAUGACAUGGCAUGCAUUGCCAUGGCCUCCCACAAGUGCUCCAACCAAACAUCAUUAUGACAAGGAACGUAUUGCUCGUGAAAGCCAUGCAAUCGUUAACAAAUUCGAAUUGCAGCCAUUAAGUGAUCCUGUACAGGGCAGUUAUAGUGCCUAGAAUAUAGUGUAGGCACUAGAGUGCAGCUUAUGCUGCCUCUAAGAGGAAAACUAAAGUAAAGCACCUUGUGCAGUACGAUAUGUUUCACACCCCAUGGUUUAAAUAAAAACAGAACUAUUCGCUUCGUCGUUCCAUGAAGCACCACCGCGUAUAUUCAUCACAUACAGAAGACACCACAAGCCUUCCAUGAAUACUCUUGAUUUUGACCGACUUUAUUAAAUUAUGAUAUUUGCCGUAUGUCCCAGAUGACUUAUGUACAAGGCUUCAUCAUCUUGCUAGCCGCAGCCAUGUGUGUAUGGGGGUCGCAAAGGCAUCUAUUACCUAAAGAGUUGGGCUGAGCAGCCUUAUGAAUUUCAAGAGAUGUACCUCUUAUAACUGCUCCUGAAUCGAUAUAAAGCUGUUCAUCACUGCACAACGGAAUUGAAUGGGUAAUAGUAAUAGAGAGGUAGUAGAAAAACACUAUUUUUCGUGUUUAAUCCUUGCUUUGUUAGUAAUAUUCAUGGGUGUUAAUUGUAGUUUUAAAUGUAUGGCAUUCUUCAAUGAUGCCCAUUGCUUGUCAGCCAACCAGUUAAGCUCGAACUCCACAAGGAACAAAGCCAGCAUCAAGUGAGCAUAAGCCAGCACUACAUUGUUUUUGAUGUCACAAAAAUGCUGGCGAACAAAGCUUGCACAAACCAACGCCCAUGCUGAAAGUCUGUCUUAAAUUUGUUCCUUGUGUUUUGGCCUUUAGAGCAAAUAGAAGAGAUGAGAUGCUCCAGAGCAAACAGAUGUAGACCUCGCCACAUCUAAAGAAGACACCAUCUACAGUGACUUGCAUUUAUAUUAAAAAGUAUAAACUGCCUUCCUUUUGCUCAGACUUUGCAGCCAGAUUACAUUUUGUGUUCUGGAUCAUUCAGUAUUACACUUGGCACUGUUACUUGCUUUGUUUAUCAAGAAAAUAAUGCUAAGUUGCCUUCCCCUGCACCCCAUGCUAUUGGAGAAGCUAAAUACUGCUGCGUAGUGUCUUAGUAUAUGCUCCCCGCAGGGGGGGGGGGGGGGGGGGGUAGCAGAGUUGUGCAUAGGUCCGCCAACUGCCGCACCAGAGCAUCCAAGAUAUGCAGGGGAAAACCACUUCUCUUGAUUCUGCGAAAGAUGCUCAGUGGCAACAGUGCGGUCUCGUUCAUUUCACAUUGGUGGCAACAACAUUUGCUUUUUACAGACAAAAUAAAAAAAGCUGAGCAUGCACUGGCCUGAUCUUACGGCUGCUUCGGGGCUGCGAUGCAGGUUGCUUUGCUGGUAGGGGUGUGCGAAUAUUUGACACUUUUGAAUAACAAAUCGAAUGGUGUCCUAUUCCUCUUUGAAUCGAAUAGUCACUUUUUGUAAAUGUGAAUAUUCUUCAAAUACUUUUUAAAUAUUUCAGGACGUCAGCUGCACCCAAAUAAACAUAAAAUUGGUGCAAAAGUGCAGGUAAUUUUCAACCCCACGGGCAUAGUAUAUAUACAUAAAACAUGAGGACUUGCGUAGUGGAGCAGGCUACAUCACUUAGGUAGCCAUACUUUAGAGGCUGUACAGUGAUCAUUCGCACUCUCUGAAGAGCCCUGUGCAUGCGAAGAAACUAUUUCUUUACUUCUAAUGCUCCAUUUGUGCUUUUGAUUAACAGAGCUUCAUAACAUACUAUGUAAUGACAGAAACUUGCUAAUCUUUAGAAUACCAGGAUGUGAACAUCGCUUUAUAUUAUUUGUGAUAACGGCUGCUCAUUAUUCGAAAACUAUUAAAAAAGUAUUCGAUAUUUGAUUUGAUUCGCUUCUGGCACUAUUCGAUUUGUAUUCGAUUCAGUCUCAAAAAUCACUAUUGGCACGCCCCUAUUUGCUGGCUGUUCUUAGUGAUCAUUUGUCACUGAUGCCAGUGUCUGGGUGCACAUUAUUACCAAUGCCAUCUGUAUCGCUGGCUGUUCCCUGGAUGACAUUCGAUACUGGUCAUGCCACCACACACUGCUGACUCUGCACGUGCCACAAGAGAACUGUUGUAGAACUCCCCAAUUUGUUUCCUUAAAGAAAAAAAAAAUGCCCUGCAUAUGUGCACCAACCGAUGCAAUACACAGCGCAAACCACAGCAGACUUGUCAACUUUCAACGCACGUGACCAUGUUUUGCCAAAUAGCAGCAAGAGCUGUGUGUUCAAACGAUCGCGCAACUCUGCUCUUUGGGGAGCAUAUACUAUAAUACAGGGACACUACAGUUGAGAUGAAAGAAGCAUGGACUAAUGUCACUGCCUUUUGGCAACUGAGGAUAACAUGGACAGCAGCAGUGCCAGGACGUUUGUUGUGUGGGAAAGAUGAUUGUUGAUUUGAAAAUGUAUUUUCACCUACUUGUUUUUAUGCAGUAAAUCAAGUGAAGUCAUGUUGUGAGCACACACACACACAAAAAAAAGAGCAGAUGUAACAGCUUUUUCAAAUGAACCAUUUUGCCCGCUGAGCAGUUUUACUGCCACCGCUGCUCUCUACAUUUUCUUCAGUUGCUGACAUGCAGUGACACCAGUCUAUGCUUCUGCCACCUCUGCAGUAGCUAGCUUCUUCAAUGGCAAUAGGUGCAGACAAAUUGACUAGUAUGUCUUUUCUUAACAAACCAAUCAAGUAACAGUGACAAAGGUUAUAUUGAACAAUCUGGACCAUAAUAUGUGAUCUUGCGGUAUAAUGUGAGAAAACCAAGGCGCUGGCAAUAAGCACAAAAUCUCACUUUCAAGAUUUUAAGAAAACAAAACUCUGGUCACUUUGUCAGCAUCGUGACUUUUAGUUGCAUAAUACUCUUCUUUUAUAUCUAUAAUGUAAUUGUAAAAAUUUAUUCCUGUUUUUCUUAAGACCUAAUUUACUUUGAUUUCUCGUUACAGGAACAGCCAUACUCAUAGCUUCACUAUUGGUGAAGAUUGUUAACUGAAUAUUACACAUACAGCUGUGCCAUGAGCCAGGAUAAUUGAAAACAAUUGAUGUCUGGCAAAAGGCUGAAAUUGUUGCUAGUUGGGGCUUUCUUCCUUGUCUUUUUUUUAAAUACAGGGCUACUAUCGUAUGACAGAAACAUCCUGGUUCAUUGCACAGCCUGUAACUACUCUACUGCUAAGUCGCUACUGAGGCUCGUGCUGAAAUCUUUACCACCACUACUGAGGCUUAGCUGAGCUCAUCUUUACUAAAGUUUGUAAAAAACGUGCGGCUUCACUGUGCAGAAGUUAGUUCAGCUUCCUUGCAUGAUUGAAAGAUGUCUCUACAUGUACAUAUUGAAAAAUAACAAUUUCAGGCUAAAGGAGCUGGAACUGGCAUCUACUGUUUCUAAGUGGGUCAUCAUGACGGUGUGCUUGUCUUGGGGGGAAAUAUGGUCAUAAUGUAAGUCAGAUACAUGUAUUUAAAAAAAAAUAACCUUGGAGCUCUGCAGUGAAAUUUCUGCAAAUGCUGCAGAUAAAGGUAAGCGGCAAGCACAGACAAGAGUAGGCAAGUGCAGUGCUUAGAUCACAUGGUGACGAUUGUGUCUACAAGGUCUGCACUGAUGUGUGCUAUGAACACAGUAGAAAACUUAAACGAAAGCCUGUGUGCCGUUCUCCUCGAGGAGCCACUCUCUUCGCCAGUAGAACCGACAUCACACGUAUAGCACUUCAACGUCGCACGCAUGCCACCUGCAGCAGACAAAUAGCCAGCAGCAGCGCGAACAACUGGAGGAAGCCUCCAUAAAUGGACCACACAGCAAAGGAGAAAAAAAGACCUGGCAGACUCGAGUGGCUCCGACUCUCUUAACUCAAUUACUACGAAUAGCAGUUAUGAGGCGCUUUCUCGUGGCUCUUUUCCUUUCCUGCUCCCCUUUUUUACAAGCUGCUUCACAAUCUUUUUCCUUUUGUUUUUUCAAAGAGCACGCAUCCACUCCCAGGCUGCUGCUUUUCAGGCUUCUGCCUCAGUCAGUCAAUGUGAAGACCCCAGCUGCUCCUCUCCGUCCUCGAGUGCAAUGGCAAGUGGCUUCUUUUUACAUGGUGGCAUACUCUGCUGAGAGCAAAAAGCAGCAUAAAAAAGCAAAAUGCAGCAUAACGCGAAGCUUUCUUUGGCUGUUCCCCCCCACUUUGUGUGGAGUGCUGCCUUAACAACCUUGGCAUUACUCCUAGCAGCAGCUGGCACAUGACAUCAUAGCACAGCGUGGAGCAAGGCAUGUGUGCAUGUAAAAUGUGGGAGAGGGAGAGCAGGACACCAGAGCACAGACAGAGAAGUGUGAUGUGUGUCUGGAAGAAGUGCAAGGUGGAGAAACAUGACGUCGGUUUGCCUAACACAAGUUGUGCCCAGCAGUUGCAGCAUCUAGGAGUGCAUCUGCGACAAAACCUCAGAAAAGGUAGGAGGUUUAAACCGGCUGUAGGUGUGAGUAGUCGCAGAAGUGUGCAGUCCUUAAAAUGGGACCAAAGCGUGUACAUCCUCGGCGUCGAAGGGACCAAGUUGAAGAAACGGCAGGUGGAGCAGGAGGGACUUCGUUAUGCAACGAAGCAUGGCACGGAAUCUGAGUGUAUGCUGGCCCUAAAACACAAAGCUGAACAACGAUGCACGGUGGUAGUGGAGAGCAGAGAGUGUCGGGGGCAUUACAUGGAGAAGCGAGAAAGCAAACAUUGACAUUUGGCAACCAAUGAAUGGCAAGACAAGCACCUCGCACGUACGCGAAUGCAAGAUGCAUCAGCUAUGGGUGGCAGCCUUGCUAGAGCAACGCAUCAUGUUUGCAGACUGACAGGUACUUCGACAAGUACUUUGUGCAAGACAAGUUUGGCUCUGUGUGUGCGACAGGCUGGUUUUGAUCAAACGUGUAUGCCCCCUAGUGCCACAAGUUUAUGCUGCACAAGGCAUUCCCCAACAGUGCGACAAGUCUCGUGGUGUACUCGACAUUUAAGGGGUCGUUAAAAUGGAACACCAUGCCUUGAUUCAACAUUAAGCAGCUCUGCUUAACGUCGAUUCCAACGUUGCGUGGGAUCCACCAAAUCUUUUUAUAUUUUUCUCUGGCCUCACACCACACCCACUCUGCUAAAGCACUGCACAUUCUGUACAGCAAUAUUGUGCAACCUGAAAAUUUGCUCAGCUGAAAAUUUGCUAUAUGACACUUAAAAUGUGUCAUAUACGUGUUGAAACACAUCCGAUUGGAAUUUUGCUGCAACCUUGAAUAAGAUGUGCAAAAUGUUUUAGUAAAAAGAGUGAGAAGGUAGAUUUGGGGAAUUAUUGCUCAGUGUGAGUAUGUCAUUGUAUGCAGCGGGUUCACUUCUUUCAUUGUUUUUCACAAUGUGUUGCACCAGGCAUAAUUUUCAAGUGGCUGAAUAGGUACUUUACAAGCCUGCUAGACAUGAAAUAGUUGAUGUUCUCAUAUCUGAUGUGCCUGUAGCGAGUUGUUGCAUGGAGUCCACAUUCUGUAAACUUGACAAAAUUCGAUAAAGAAUUGAAAAUUUUUAUUCUAUUCUGCAGUUGUGUACGCUUUUUAUGAUUCUGAAGAUGUAAGGGAUUUGGGGAAAUUAAGUUUUAAAUCAACCGAAUUAAUUGACACCUGAAAGGGUUAAACCAGAUUUCUGUUCAGUCUUUCAAAAUAUUUAUCGAAAGAUAAGUGAAUCUGUAGUUCAUUUCUGGGUUUUUCAUCGCAUAUUUCUGUCACUUAUGCCAGAUGUUUCUCUGCACCAAUGAAAAUAUCGGUACACUUAGGUUAUGUUUGCAGAUUGCACUCGCUAGGGAACAUGCUGAAGGGGCUGUGGAGCAUUGUGAAUAUGGUAAGUAAACCUGCCCAGUCUCUAGACAGUGCUGUCAUGAACAGCUGAACUGGGUGUAAUUCCUGUACCAAGCAGCAGGGAACCUGUGAUUUUAGUUAAGGUCCACUUGCCCAUUCCUUUAACUUUUUGAAAUCUCCUCUUUUCAUGUUUAUUGUAAAGGUCAAUGAAAUACAAUGGCCAUUGGCUGGAUUUCUUUACACAUCACAACUUAUCAAUGCCUCCAGACAGGAUUAGCACAUUAUGAGCAAUGCCAUUAUAUUGAUCAAUGUGAGUUUGCUGAAUAAAACUUGUAAAUGUCCAUCAUGUCAAAGAGCGCAAUAAAGUACAUGAGUUUUGAAUUUUCGGUCUUG